GUUAUCUAUCUAGCACACAGCUGCAGCAGGGAGUGUCAUGGUCGCGGAUCGCACUAAAAACAGGAUGACAGUCGCCAUGACAACGGUGGAGAUCAUCUGCCCCUCGGCAGAAGAACUGAUGGAACAGCCGAGACGAAAUGUCCCCUGCACGGUGGAAGGCUGUGACAAGCUCCUACCGACAACUACAGCUCUCAAAAUGCAUGUUAUAAAGACACAUGGAAUAUACAAGAAUAAGUCCGAGAGGGUCCUCUUCACCAAAUGUCGGCAGUCCAAGGACCCGGCAGUCCAGAAACAGUACUUCUGCCCAGUAGUAGGAUGCAGUCGACACAAAGAAGGCAACAACCCUUUCUCAAACAUGUGGCCUCUUAAACAGCACUACCAGCAAGUGCACGGUGUACGUAAUUAUCUAUGCAGAAAGUGCCAAUUCCCCUUCGCCUUUGAACUUCAGCGGCGCAAACAUGAGAAGAUUUGCGGGAAGAACUUCACCUGUUCCUGCGGUGUGCCCUACACAACCAGACAGGCCCUGUGCUUGCACGCGAGGAGAAAGAACCACGAGUUGCCGCCUGACUAUGCCGAGGAGGCUUCAAAUGUGGAGCAACCACCUCAGCAGCAAGUGAACAGGAGGACUUCACCAGUAACAAAAUCACACAAUACAAAUGAAAACCCUCCAUCGGUUGCUGUCAACAGAAUCCUGACAAUCCCAGUUCCUGUUUCCCGAGUUGGCAAUAUUCCCCGUCUCAUUGCGACCCCCCAACCAUUGCAGAUUUUAGAGGCAGGUACUCCAACCAAUACUCCCCAAUCCAAGAACAAGCAGAAGACAGAGCGCUUCCUCUUGCCAAAGCCUACCAUCCUCAGCAUUGGUAAGGCCGCCGCCUUGCAUCCUGAAAUCACCCAGAUUGUGACAAUCAACAAAGGCAUCGUGCAGAGCUUUCCAGUGACUGUUGCGCCGAGUCAGCCGGCCACAAGGUACAAAAGAACUCUCGCUACCCAGACCCCACAACGGUUUGGAAGCCGGGGAGCGAGGUUGGCUAAGCGUCAACUCGAAGGGGUUCGCAAAGGCUCUGUUUUUAAUCCUUCAGUAUUGCCAGGGGGAGAUGGUAGCUCUAACAGUCUACGAGUGUUCAGAGAUUCAGGAAUGAACACCCAUCUGAAUAGCAGCAGCAACUGCCAGACGCAGACUAUUAUUAAGCGGAAUUCAGCCCACACACAAACCCCUGGUGAUGUGAUCAUGCAGGAAGCUCUCAUGUCGGCACAAAUCAACACGCCGUCAAGAAGGCAGCAGCAGCUGCAUAUGCGGGUGCCAGAGCAGCAGGUCCUUCAGCAACAGUACCCGCAGCAGGACAUGUCAGCAUUAAACAGGAACACCCAAACAAGCCAGACCUAUUACCAAGGACCCUCAGGCUCGCUUCCCAACAACGUAAGUAGCGUCAGCUCCUUGCCUGGCCAGCAAACUCACUUCACAGUGCAGAUGGAGCCCCGGUUCAGUUCCAACACCACAUCCAGCUGUGAUGUUCAAACAGAUGAUUGGCUCUCAUCCUUGGCACAAGUAAGUGAUCAGGGCACCCUGACUGAUAUUGCCGGAGUCCCCACCCAGACUGACCUCAAUGUCUUUGACUUCUUGAAUCUGAGCAGUUCGGAGACACAGACCACCAUAAGUCAGUCAGCAUUUGAGGACUCCACAGCCACUGAGAGCAUUUCCACUCAGACAACCAGGUACCCUGCUGACACCACCCAGACCAGUAUCCAUACGGCCACAUCCGACCUGCAAAGUCAGUACGUGGAUAGGUUAGCCCCACAGAGUACCAUGGAGACUCAGACCAACUUCUACAGCGCCUAUUUGGAUGCCUUUCUACUCAACGAAUCACAGAGCCAAACUAGCCCAGGAGGAGGUCUUGAUGAAAACAACAUUGCUUCUUGCUGCCAACAGACUCAGACUCUCUCAUCCCCUGCUCCUAAGACCGACCACCAGCAGACGCAAACUGCACUCCCAGACCUCACCCUGAGUAGCAGUGACUUCCUCUCCCUGGACAUGUACACCCAGACGAUACAGCAGGGUCAAGGAGGGAACCAGAAUUCCUCCCUUCAGACUCAGACGGACUCCUUCUUGGAGUACAGCCUGUCCAGCAUGCAAACUCAAACCAUGGCUGACUUUGAUCUCGGUGCCUUCGAUUAUCAAUCCGCUUCUGUACAGACGGAUGCACAUUUCCUGAACAGCUCUGUCCGUCAGCUGACAAACAGGACGCAGGUGCAAACUCAGACGAGCAGCAGUUGGCAGUUGGAGGGAGGGGAUACAUCAGCCAGGCAUGUCCAGACAGAUGAGACAUAUCGAGGAGGUGUAUAAUCUUCAGAGGUGUUCAGCCACAUUCAUACAGGGUAACAUAAACACGAAGCCUUCCACUGAACCUUGAUAGCAAUCUGGGCCCAAUUUUUUGGCUUUGCUUACCGGCGUUUAGAUCAGUGCCGUGCCACUGCCAUUCGGAACGACAACAGUGGCAGCCCUGUCGAGCCAAAGAAUGGUGCCGUACCAAAGUCAAUUUGCCAAGCCAAAUGGUUCUAAACGCCAUCCUAUCGCUGUGCCGAAUUUUAAAAAAGUCAAAUUAAUUGAAUUCGGCACGUCAGUAGCACGGCGUCUAGAAUGGGCCUAAGCUGCCAUGAAAGAAACAAGCAGGGAAGAUAUUGAAUAAGUUAUCACUGUAAGUAGUUUGUAUCAUGGUAACACAGGGUGUCGGUUUGCUUGAAAUGUAUUCAUAAAUAGUUCUUUAAACUAGAUUUGUCUGAAAUACAAAUUGGAAGUUUUUUACCAGGGAAGAUGGUAGUGGUCGAAGUUUAAACAAGAUUUUUUUUUAAAUUUGUUUCAAAUUUCACUAUUCAGUUUGGAUUUUGGAAAUCCAAUAUUUGAAAUCAAACUUUAAAAAAAAUUAAACCUUGUGUUUUUGUGUUACAUAAGCUAAAGAAUUCAACAUCCCACAGUGUGCUCAGUAGUCUCUCUGACUGUAGCCACGUUCACUCACUAGCUGUCUUCUUGGUUCAUGAAUAGCCUGCCCAUUUUCCUGCCCAAUUUUUU